CACCUGUAAAACAUCAUUUCCAAGUUCGAGAAUCAUCCAUUGACACCAUGAUCAAGUCCUUCAUCUUUCCCAUCCUUUUGGCCUUCUCGGGCAUGGCCUUAUUAUCCAUGGCUUUGCCUGCCGAACCCGAAGAUCCUUUACCCAAUGACGUUCAACAAUAUGUCCACACUGAGGUCAAACUGGUUGAAGGCGUUGAGCCUGAUGAGGACGUGGACGACGACGAAGAAGACGAUAGCAACGGGGUUCAAGACAGGAUCUUGCCCAGGGUUUGGUGCCGAUUGAAGUGCGCUCCCAUUUGCAUCGCUCAGCCCAAUGCCACCUGUGUGUGCACCAAGACCUUCCUUGGGAUCUUCCCCCUGUUCACCAUCAAUCUCCCAUGUUGCUAGAUCAUUGACUUGUCUUAUUUAGCUUUCUUCCUUGAUGUCCAGUUUGCCUGUCAUGAUAAAUAAACACAUUAUAGUGAAAUACCA